GCCAUAGAGUGUCCCGGAGGCAGAGCCGCCCGGGCCCGGCCCUUCCCCUCCCCUCGCCCCGCCUCGCCAGCCCGGCUCUGCAGCGGCGGCGGGGUCCGCCAUGACGUCGGCGUCCACCAAGGUGGGCGAGAUUUUCUCCGCCGCCGGAGCCGCUUUCACCAAGCUGGGCGAACUGACCAUGCAGCUGCACCCCGUGGCCGACUCCUCACCCGCUGGGGCCAAAUGGACAGAUGCGGAGAUCUCCCUGUUACGGGCCUCCGUCCAGCGCUUUGGAGACGACCUCAACCGCAUCAGCGCACUCAUCAAAGACCGGACUGUGGCCCAGCUGAAAGGGGCAGCCAAGCGCAAAAUCUACGAGGACAGUGGGCUGCCCCUCCCCACCGAGUCCCCGAAGAAGGGCGCCCGCAAAGGGCAGCAGCAGCAGCAGCAGCAGCCAGGCCCCCCCUCUGCACCGGGCCCGGGGGGGCUCCCUGACCCCUCGGCUCCACCGAUGAAGAAACAGAAAGCGGCCUCUGACGUGACGCUCAGCGCUCUGAACGACUCGGACGCCCACAGCGACUUGGUGGACAUUGAGGGCCUGGGCGACGGGCCUCCAGCCAAGAAGCUCAAUUUCGACCAGGCCUGAAUUUGGACUCUGGAUUCCUCAUGACCCCCGGCACAGAGUUGCCCCUCCUCUCCCGCUGAUGGGCAGCUCCUUCCUAGCGCCCCCCCCUCCAGGGACGGACUGACGGGUGACGCCUCCGGGCCCUCGCUCUGCCUGAAAUGGCUGCUGCUCCGCGGUGAAGAGCCUGUGAAAUGGACGGUCCGCUUCCUGCCUCGUUCCUUCCACCCCCCUUCCCUCAGGUCUGGGCCAAGGAGGCCGCUUAUUUGGGGAAGGGGCGCUCCCACCCCAAGCCUCCCCUCACUCCCGCCUGUUCUCUGCCCCCUGCUCUGUUCCAGCCCCAGCUCAGCAGGGGGGUCAGUCUCAGCCUCCCCACCCCAGGAUGCACACGGUCAGAUUCGGUGUGUGUCCUUCUCCCCGCCCCCAGUCUGGCCGGGCUCCUUUGAAAAUGGUGGUGGUGGUGGUGGUGGGGCGCCUCCUCCCUCCUGGCUUGACCCCUGCUGAACGGCCCACGGCCCCUCGCCAGCUGGUCUCUUGUCGCGUGGCUGCAAUAAAGGCUCUCCCUCUCCCA